AUGAUAAUCGUGGUGGUAGAGGUAGUGUAUCAUGAGUUUGACGCUUGUUGCGGUUUCGACAUCAAGGUCCCAAUCGAAGUGAUAUUGGCAUCGAUCGGCCUUACAAAGUUGAAUGACAGAGGUUACGUGAAUUUGGACACUAUCGAAACAAAUCAGACUUUUGGCUAUGAUGGCGAUCGAGCUUUGGAGGCAGCUAGAUGGCGAGCAGAGUAUGAGACACGUAUAGGCUUGUACGCUCAAGUGAACGAGACAUCCGAAGGGGAGUACGGAGAGCUGAAUGAAUAUAAUCGCAUUCAUCCUAUCUUCCGUCAAGACAACUGGACUUCGGACGAUCUAUUCCGGUUGGGCUACGAAUCGACUUCCACUUUUGAUGAGUUGAAACCAGUGUUACAAUUAGCUACUCUGCUUCUCGAAGAUGAAAGUAUAGUCGGAUAUAUCUACGCCAUGCUCGACGUCAACAGCCACAAGGAAGUUACCUUCGGGGGUGUAGAGCAGAGACUGGGCCGAAAAAUCUCCUCUUUCGAACAACGCCAUAACCUCAGCGAAGCACAGAGACAAACGGUCUGGAAAGAGCUCUACGAGUUAUCCAAGCAUGUUUCGUGGACCGAGCAGGAAGCGACUGGCGAAAUGGAGGGCCUACAUGGCUUGACCAAGGGCACGCGAGGGUUUAUCGAGGUAGUCCUGGACAAGCAGAACGUCGACAUUGCCUGCAGAGGAGCCUCACCUAUCGAGGAUGCCAUCGAUUGGAUCCCGGGCUCUGACGAAGAAUCCGCUCGCUUGAGAGUAAAGUUCGUUCUCGCCGUCACGAUGGUCCACGAGGUUAUGCACGCACUGUGGCGCAACAAAUUUGAUCCAGAAGAGGAGCCUUUCUAUAUGGACACGAGAGCUGCAGAGCUGGGGUUUCAGUGGGAACAACUGCUAUACUCCGGACGAAUCGACAACCCAACUCAAGAUCGAGGUAGUCCUGAUAUCCUAUCCAUUGGCAAAUGGCCACCUCCUGACAACGAAGAGGGAGAAAGCCCAACCAAAAUCAUGAGCCACAAGAAAUGGGGAUCGACAAAUGUCUGGCAAAGAUUUGCCGUGGAGAUGAGCUUCGUACAAAAUAUGUUCACACACGAGUUCUGGUCGGAAGUUGAUCGAUAUGGCAUUUCGACCUUUUGGCCUCGAAAAAUGUUGGGCGUACGAAGGACAUUGGAGUUGAAGUAUUGGAAAGCUGAAAGCCCUGUGGUUAGGGGACCUGAUGAUGGUAAGCGUCCGAGUCCAGAUGGUGCGGAUUCGAGGGGCAUAAUCGACAAACAUUUAGCCCUUAGAUGUAGACAAAGGCUGACUUUUUAG